ACUUUCCGCAGCGACACAGCUGACGCGCCGAGAGUUCCGCUCCUUCUCCAAGCUUCUCCUGAAUACAUGUUGACACGCGUACAUUUACAGGUCAUUUUAAUUUAACACAGUUAGACAUCAUGUUGAGCACAGAAAGAUUACCGCUGUUAUGGCUGUUGCUGCAGGCUGCGGUCGUCGUGGCGUGGUGUUUCACCGACAUGGAAACGGGGCCUGGCGCAGGUGUACCGACACAGCCGAACGGUGAUCGGUUCAAAAUCGAGGGAAGGGCGAUAGUCCCCGGGGUUAAAACACAGGACUGGGUCUCCUCGGCUAGAAUACUAGUGGAAGGUGAAGAGUACGUGGGAUUUUUGAGAACUGAUGGAAGUUUUGCUGUGAAUGACGUCCCCUCAGGAUCCUAUGUUGUGGAAGUCGUCAAUCCAACCUACAGAUUUGAGCCAGUACGUGUUGAUAUCACAUCCAAGGGCAAAAUGAGGGCACGUCUGGUAAACUACAUCAAGACGUCAGAAGUCAUUCGCCAGCCAUAUCCUCUUCAGAUCAGGGCUACCGGUCCUCACCCCUACUUCAUGAAGAGAGAAACCUGGGGCUGGACAGACUUCCUCAUGAACCCAAUGGUGAUGAUGAUGGUUCUGCCUCUGCUGAUAAUUGUUCUGCUGCCCAAGGUCGUCAACACCAACGACCCAGAGAUGAGAAAGGAAAUGGAGCAGUCCAUGAACAUGCUGAACCCCAACCCCGAGCUUCCAGACGUCUCCGAGCUCAUGACCAAGCUCUUCUCUGGCUCCAAGGGCUCCAGCAAGGCAGGCAGCAGCAGCAAGGGCACCAGGCCAGCUGCCAAGAGGAGGUAGUACUGUACAUGUCCCCCCAGUCUGCCUAAAAAAAAGCUCAAGUUAUGCCAUGGAAGCAAGAUUUUAAAGUGUCAUUUUUCCCCACUGGGUCUAUUGUACAGUCUUCUUUAUUAUUAGAUGUUUUAAGCACAUCUUGAUUUCUAAUAUGCUAUUGGAAACUGAGAAAAAAAAAGUUUUUUUUUCUUCAUACUGCACUGAUAGAAAUUUCUUAAACCCUGCGAAACCUUCAUUUGCUCUAUACUUUCUACAUGUCGCUCAACUACUCACUAAUCUUUUCUGUGCUAACCCUCCGGUGUUCAUUUUUCCACUGCUGCUAAUUCCACUACCCGAAAGAUAACAUAUAUACAGAGAUUUUCUUGUUUUUGUUUUUUUCAGUCAUGACUGUGAAUGAAGAUAAAUUGAAUUUUAAGAGUGAUAAAUUCUUAUUUAAAAGCCUAGAUAAAUAAAUUGCAAUGGUAUAUAACAA